AAAAAAUGUCUAUGGAUUUGUCAGUGAAUCGCUUCCGCGCUCCAUUUUUGUUUCUUUCACUUGUCAGACUUGGAUGAUAGAAACAUUCAAGAUGCAAUUACACGUACGAGGACAGUCAACGCACGUUCUUGAUGUGAACGGAGAGGAGUCCAUUGCACAAAUUAAGGAUCGUCUUCGUUCUCUUACUGGUGUUGGUGAGGAGGACUUAACACUGUCAUUAUGUGGUGCACCACUCGAGGAUGGCAUUCUUGUGUCUGAGCUUACAUCCACAGAACUAGACCUUACAGUUCCACUGCUUGGUGGUAAAGUACACGGAUCCUUAGCCCGAGCUGGUAAAGUUAAAGGACAAACACCCAAAGUAGAAAAACAACAGAAGAGAAGAAGAAGACUGGUCGUGCCAAGCGCAGGAUUCAGUACAACAGAAGAUUUGUAAAUGUGGUGCAGACCUUUGGCCGCAGACGUGGUCCCAACUCUAAUUCGUAAUUGAUAAGUUGUAAUGAAAUGCUAAUAAAUAUCAAUUAGCACCAA